AUGGCCUCUCCCCCUCCCCCGGCCAGGGGACGCCGACCACAGCGGCCGGGCCGACUGCUCGCCGCCGUCGCUGUCGGCGCAACUCUCCUACUGACAGUGUCUCUCUCACGAUCACACGAUGAGCGCGUUGCACGCCUCGCAAAGCGCUUUGUCGAGGACACGAUGGACGAGAAGGAUGUCGGCACUCUGUUCGGGAUCGACUACGACGAGCUGUACGCGCAGACACCACCGGCGCUGCGGCCGGUCUUCGUCGUCUUCCUCUGCCUCAUCUUACUGUUACUGUUCUGCAGUAUCUCGAUAACGGCGAGCGACUUCUUCUGUCCGAACCUGGCCACGAUCGCAGCCUACCUCGGUUUGAGCGAGACGACGGCGGGCGUGACCCUGCUCGCGUUCGGCAAUGGGUCGCCCGAUGUCUUCUCCACCUUCGCCUCGGUCAAGAGCGGCACGUUUGGCCUGGCCAUCGGCGAGCUCAUUGGCGCCGCGAGCUUCAUCACGUCCAUCGUCGUCGGCAGCAUCGCCCUCGUGCAGCCGUUCCAAGUCCCGCGGCACGCCUUUGUCCGCGACAGCCUGUUCUUCAUCUGCGCCGUUAUUCUGUUGAUGGUUGUGCUCGCAGACGGAAAGCUGACGUUGCGCGAGAGUGGCUCCAUGGUCCUGCUCUAUGUCGUCUACGUCGCUGUCGUCGUCAUGGGCAACUGGUACCUGUCGCGCAAGCGCCGGGAGAUGGACUACGCCGAGCUCGGCUGGAAGCGUCCCGACGAGGAGGAGCAAGUCGAGAACAUCGACGCCGAUCCGCAGCUUGUUCCGCAGCAGGUGCCUCCGUCUGCCAUGUCCUCGCGCCGCGGGAGCGCAAGCCGACGCGACGACGGUGAUGACGUCGAGGACACGCCAGCGCGCGCCAACUUUUCGCUCCUCGGCGCCGUCGAGUUCCGCGACGUCGUCAACUCCCUCCGCCGCGAGAUGAACACGCCGACUGGAUCGCCCCUGUCGUCCCGCCCCAACUCGCCUAUCAGUCCGUGGGAGGGCGAGGAGCCUAGUUACUUCCACCACCACCAUCACCACAGGCACCGCCGCACGAGCGGCAGCCACGCUCUCGAGCAGACCCUCGUCCGCCGUGUCUCGGGUAGAAACCGCAGUGGGUCGCUCCACCCGAACUGGACGUCGCGCCGUGCUGGCUCCGGCGACGAGAUCGCUGCCAGCGCUCCCGCCCCGGCCCUUCUCGAUCCUGUCCCGGGAUCGCCGAGCCAGCCCGAGUCCCUUCCCCUCUCGUCUCUUCAGCCCUCUGGUCCCACCAAGCGUCCCUCGAACCUCUCGCGUACCUCCCUUCCGGCGCUCAAGAUCCCGGCUCGCAGCCCCGCUCUCCCCGCCGUCGACAUCACGAGUCCCAGCGAGCCGAGCGAUGGCGCGGCGAACAGCGGCGUCACAAGCGGCGACCCCAGCACCGGCCCCUCACCCCGGCUGGACGGAGGUGCGCAGUCGCCCAUCCCGCGCCUCGACCUCGUCACACCCGAAGGCGAGACCGAGCCGAUUCCGCUUACCAGGUCGACGACAUUCGGCUCGAUCGUCGAGGCGGGACGGGCCGCGAAUGACUGGAUGCGCGCCGUGCUGUGCAUCCUGUUCCCGUCGCUGCAGCACUUCCGCGAGAAGUCGCUACUCGGCAAGGGAUUGGCAAUGCUCAGCACGCCAGCGAUCUUCAUGCUGACGAUCACGCUACCGGUUGUGGACGACGGGCGCAUGGAUGAGGGCGGCAUCGCUCUUCCGGAUGAGGACGAACCGCUUCCUCGCCACGAUGAGGAGGAGGAGGAGGAGCUCGAGCACCUCUACGAGCAUGGUGUGGCUGUCUCCCUCGCGCAUGUGAGGCAUCACUCGCAGGCUCCCUCGGAGUGCCCGUCGGAGUGUGACAGCGAGUGCUCCGAGCCAUCGCUCGUGCAGUUCACGCCCGCGCUCGCUGCGGCGCAGUGCAUCUGCGGCCCGCUCGUUUGCGCCUACCUCGUCUUCCAAGAGGAGCCGUACCUCCCCUGGGUGCUCCUCGGCUGCGGACUGGCGGGCGGAGUCUGCGCCGUGAUCACUUAUACUUGCUCGACGGAUGGACACACGCAGCCGUGGCGGCUGGUACGAUGUGUCGCCGGUUUCGCGUGCAGCACAGUCUGGAUUGCCUCUAUCGCCGACGAGGUCGUCGCCGUGCUCCGCACCUUUGGCGAGAUCUUCGGCCUUUCCGACGCCAUCAUCGGUCUCACCAUCUUCGCGGUUGGCAACUCGCUCGCCGACCUCGUGGCCAACGUCACCAUCGCGCAGUUCGCGCCGAACAUGGCCUACGCGGCGUGCUUCGGCGGACCCAUGCUGAACCUCCUCCUCGGUGUCGGAGGAAGCGGCAGCUACUGGAUCCUCAGGAGUAGAGAGCACUCGCCCGUCCGCAUCCACUUUAGCCCGACGUUGUGGGUCAGUGGUGUCGGCCUCAUCGCCAUCCUCGUCACGACGGCGGUCGUCGUACCCCUGAACAAGUACAGGAUCGACAAGAAGUGGGCCGCAGUGCUUCUCGUCGCGUACGCGAGUCUCAUGACGUUAAACGUCAUCGUCGAGAUCAAGACGGGCAAGUGA